AUAAGUUAUAAAUUGAAAUUUAUUUUAAUCGAUCAAAGUGCGUUUAAUAAUUUUUUCUUUUUUUUUUUUAAUUGAAGCAAUAAUAAAUCGAAUAAGAGGGAGUGUUUAAUUAAGCUAUUGAAAGAAUUGUUUUCGUAGAAAUUUUAACGCAAAAUCUGUCGCCGUACGCUGGCGCCCUCAGCAAAUGAGACGGUUGGAGCGAAAAACACAAUGAGCCAUCUCGAAAAUUUCAAGACUCGCGAUACAUAUCGCUCCUCGAUUGAAUUCGCGAUCCGAAACAAUUUUACUUUUAUAUUGAAUGGAGGCAACGUUUGGCUCAAUUGCACUUCGUAAACAAAUGUUUUCUAUUUAUAAAUAUACGCAAAAUAUAAAUGGGAGAUAAAGAACGGACAGAUCUGACUACUGUGAAGAUAUCCGCGUCGACCGUUUCGAGAAUCGCAACGACACAUGCGUCGACAGCGUUUGAAUCGCGCGCAGUUAACCGCGAGACGCGCCAUGUUGAAGUCAAAGUGUUCGAAUCAUCCCGUCAGUCGCGUCUCACGGUGCUCGUCCGAAACCGAAUCUCGUGCGCUAAUUAUCGGGAUGUACAUCUCGCACAGCAUUGGAAUCUGCUUCUGCUGUUUCCUGGAGAAUCCAUCGCAGUUUCGGCUUCAACUCAUUUGCUCGCCGAGGAUGCAGUUGCAGCGACGAAGGUGCAACUGCUGUGUGAUCGUUACCAGGUAUGUGCGUGUAUUACAUCCUGGUUUUAAGUUUGAACGGGAAGUAUACUUUAAAAAUUAAAUAUGAUUUUUAAUUACAGCCGUACUCAGUAUCGUCGUAUUCAGAUUAUCCUGUGUUUUCUUACGAUUUAAACAUUGAAUCUUGUGCACGAAAAAUCAUCGCAAAUUUCGAAGAUUUUUCGUUAACACGUUAAGCGCCAUUAUUAUCAUUAACAUUG